CCGGCGUUUGAUGUUGCCUGGCUGUCACCAGGGGCAGCGAUAAGGGGAUUCUGCACAUACCUGUUAUCUCCGCUGCCUGUGUGUCCGCGACACUAUAACACCCGAUGCCUCUGAGGACGAGUACGAGUGAGGUCUGCUGUGAUCACAACUCAUUUUCCAAGCAUUGUUGAGAUUUGACGACUUACAGAACGCCCAUAAUGUCAGCAUCUCUAAUUGGACUUGCUCUUGUCCUGGUCGCCUUUCCGGACCACACUGUGAUGAGCACAGCAUUUGGCAACAGCUCAGAAACUGCAUAUUUGGGUUCACCGUACGUCCGUCGGGCUCUUCAGAGAGCCAUUGAGCUGACUGAUGCUGCUUAUGUCCACACGUCUGAGAGGGUGAAGAAGUCUUUUUCUGAAGGUGCCCUGAAACCCAGUGACCUGCUGGCCCAGUUCAAACAGAUUGAAGCCAGAACCCGGACUCACAUUCGAGCUGCUGAGCUGCUGGACAACACGGUGGAGCUGAUCCGAGAGAUGGUCUACACCAACACCAUGAUGCAGCCCAAGCCGUAUGAGCUUUUGAGUGAAGGAGACGUGGAAAAUCUGCUGCAGAUGACGGGCUGCUCCGCUGAGCUGCACAGCCUCAGCUGUCAGACAGACUGCAUGUCUGAGCGCUACAGGUCCAUCACAGGCGAAUGCAACAACAGACAACAUCCGAGAUGGGGCGCUGCAAACAUCCCAUAUUCCCGCUGGCUGCCUCCAGAAUAUGAGGAUGUGUGGGGGACGCCCAGAGGCUGGGACCCUGAACACACCUACCAUAAUAUCAGCCUGCCUCCUGUGAGGCUCGUGUCGCAGGAAGUGCUGUUUACUCACAACGAUAAAAUCUCUGUGGACUCCACUCUGUCCCACCUGCUGGUGGACUGGGGUCAGUGGAUAGACCACGACCUGGUGCUGACCCCUCAGAGCCCCAGCACGUCCGUCUUCAAGACGGGCGCCGACUGCGCCCGCAGCUGCAGCCGGGACUCGCCCUGCUUCCCCAUUCAGAUUCCGCUAUCCGAUCCUCGCAGCGGCAUCCAGAGCUGUAUGCCUUUCUUCCGUUCCGCUCCCAGCUGUGAUGACGGAGUCCUGCCUCCUCGCCAGCGGGAGCAGCUCAACGCCAUCACCUCCUUCGUAGACGCCAGCAUGGUGUACGGCAGCUCCCCCGGAUUGGCCUCGGCUCUCAGGAACCACUCGUCUCCUCUGGGCUCCAUGGCCCUCAACUCCCGGCACUGGGAUGAGGAGCUGCCAUACAUGCCAUUCCUGCCCCGGGUCCAGGCUCACCUUGACCCCUGCGGCCCCCGUAACUUCUCUGCCGCUGGGGAGUUGAGCAGAUCGGCACUCAGGGAGAACACCACUUCAUGCUUUCACGCCGGGGAUUCAAGAGUCAAUGAACAUCUGGGACUGAUUGUGCUGCACACACUCUUUCUGAGAGAGCACAACCGGCUGGUGAAGGAGCUGCACCAGCUCAACCCUCACUGGAGUCCGGAGACCCUCUAUCAGGAGGCCAGGAAGAUAAUCGGAGCCAUCCACCAGAUCCUAACCUGGGAGCACUACCUGCCUCGGGUGCUUGGUGAGAGCGCCACAUCCCAGCUGAUGCCCCCCUACCAGAGCUACGAUCCAGACGUUGACCCGAGCAUCGCCAACACGUUUGCUACGGCGGCGUUCCGUUUUGCUCACGUCACCAUUCAGCCAGUAGUGACGCGUCUGGGUCCAGGUUACACCUUUAACCCCGGGUAUCCCCCUCUGCCUCUGCAUCACUCUCUGUUCGCUUCGUGGAGGGUCGUACAGGAAGGUGGCAUCGACCCAGUGCUGCGAGGCAUGCUGCUGUCUCCCGCCAAGCUGCAGACUGCAGGUCAGAUGAUGGUGGAGGAGCUCACAGAAAGGCUGUUUCAGGCACAGGGGGGGAUGCCUCUGGACCUCGGGGCCCUGAACCUGCAGAGGGGCCGGGACCACGGCCUGCCCGGGUAUGGUGCAUGGCGCCAGUUCUGUAAUCUCUCUGUUCCCAACACGAUGUCAGAUCUGGCCGAAAUUUUGGGGAACUUCACUUUGGCUCGUAAAUUCGAGCUUUUAUACGGAACCCCGCAUAACAUCGACGUGUGGGUCGGGGCCAUAUCUGAGCCGGCACUGCCCGGAGGACGAGUGGGACCGCUCCUGUCCUGCCUCCUGACCAGACAGUUCAGAGCACUGAGAGACGGCGACAGGUUCUGGUGGGAGAGAAAUGGAGUUUUCACCAGAACCCAGAGGAGACACCUGCACAACGUCUCACUGUCCCGCAUCAUUUGCGACAACAGCCACAUCAGCCGCGUCCCUGUGGACCCGUUUUCACGCAGCGAGAGCCCUGAAGACAUGCUGGCCUGUUCCCACCCGCUCAUCCCCCAUCUCGACCUCGGCCCCUGGAAAGAGCCUGACACGGAUCCCAUUUGCGGCCCGAUACCCAGGAUUCACUCUGGCUACUCUCUGCUCUGCAACUCCACGAUCCUUUAUCAGUGUCAGGUUGGAUUCAGGCUGCUGGGCUCUGCAUCCAUCAGCUGUGACGCAGAGAGCCAGAAGUGGAGCUCGCCGCCUCCAACGUGUCGAGAUAUUAAUGAGUGUGAGGAUCUGAUUUCUUCUUGUCCACAACAUCUGGAAUGCUUUAACACGGCAGGCUCCUUCGUUUGCUCAGAGCGCUCCCCGCUGUCUGCGGUCUCCAUCGUGGCUGCAGUGAUGGUGGUGAUGGUUGGCGCAGCCGGCCUGCUGCUGCUCCUGUUCUGCUAUCGAAGAUAUUUUCCAAAGUCUGAAGAGUUGAUCUCUGCUGAAUGUAGCCAGGAGAAAAGUUGACCUCUUUUAAUUUGUUUUGAUAUUAAUCUGACUACUCUGAUGGAAAAUUUUUGUCCCAUUUAUAAAUAAUGUUUUCACUAAGUGUCUGAACAAGUUGUCGUUUAAUUGUAAGCCCCUCCCCACGUGUGAUGUCACGUUUUGUCCCCACGUUACGACGGCGUCCAUUCAUAAAACCCCGGGCCAAACUAUUCGUACUCGUCUCCGGCGGUUUGUGUAAACAAGUCACGAAAACAGAAGCCGUUUUAAUCCGGAAACUGGAAACCUUACAGGAGUGAUUGCUCCAAAAACAGAUUUCCUAGUCUUAGUGUGACUGAGCCUGCUUACCGCUUACAAACCUGUUGGGCAACCGUGGGGCCAGAGUGUUUUCCUGUCAGGCUGACCGGAGAGAAGAGGCGGCCUGACACCUCACGGCACCACAAACAUGUCCGCCAUAUUGUCCACGCUUGACUAUGGAGCUAACCAAUUCACCACUUUGUAUGUCAUUUUUGCAUUAUUUAUUUAACCAACAGAAUUUUGGACAAAGGAAUACUUAUAAUCAAACUGAGACAGUUACUAGUUACAUUUACUUGAGUUACUUUUUGGUAAAACUUCACAUGAAGUAUUGCUUUUGGGAACAGCUUAACUUCUUAUUCUUGAGUAAUAAUACAGUGUUGCUUAAAAUUUAUUUUGAAAUCAUUUGUAUCAAUUUUUUGCACAUAACUUUAUAUCUUUGACAUUUUGAAUCAGAUGUUACUCAGUACUUGAGCAGCGUUUUUACUAAAUACUUCCUUACUGUUCAGUAAUAUUCUUGGACGGCGACAUUUUACUUUUACUUGAGGGCAAUUUUUGGCUACUCUACCCUCCUUUUCAAGCUGUUGAGGUGAAACUACACCUUAAUGUUUCUAUGACGCGAUAUUUAAACACUCCUUGUAGGUGGAGUAAGGAAGGUGGGGUCAAGAUUAAGUCGCUGUACUUAAAAGAGGUGAACCUGCAAUUACUUAUUGAGAUUCUAUGUUACACUAUGAAUCAAUGUCCAGAAUGGAGACAUUUUUCCUUUUUAUGCUCACAGUACAUACGUAGUUAUUUUUUGUGAGAAAACAUUUGAAAUCAAAUUUGAAAGUUUAUGGUUUUGACAAAUUUUCUGGCCAAAAUUCUAGACUUUUCUAAAGAUUUCCAGAGCUUGAGGCAAAUCAUUUGCACUUACCUCAAAAUAUAAAAUACGACAGGGCUCCUGUGAAUUUAGGGUAAAUGUUUCUACAGCUUUAGCAUCUAAUGGAAAUAUCUAUAUAAGAAGGAAACAAGGAGGGACACAAGAAAUAAGUGGAGGUAGAAAAUAAGAAGCAGAACCAGGACAAAAAAAAUUAAAAGGAUAGAAAGGUGCAGGGAAGAAGGAAGGACGGCCGGUCGAAAGGAAGGAAGGAAAGAGGAGGGUGGAGAGGCAGGUAAG